AAGAACCAGAACUAUUCACUUUCCGGGUCAGUUUAUUAAUGGUACCUGCUUCUCAAAACAGCAAGAAUCCCGAGGCAGUGUAUACAAUUUGAACAAAACGUUUUGUGAAAUAAAAUAGACAUCACAAGAAAAAUACCAUGUCAGACACGGAGACAAAACCCUCAAGUGGAGAUGGAAGUGAGAAGAAGGAUGGAGAGUACAUUAAACUGAAGGUGAUUGGUCAGGACAACAGCGAAAUUCACUUCAAAGUGAAGAUGACAACACAUCUAAAGAAGCUAAAGGAAUCUUACAGUCAAAGACAGGGUGUACCAAUGAACACCCUAAGGUUUCUUUUUGAAGGACAGAGAAUCUCAGACAACCAAACCCCCAAAGAGCUUGGAAUGGAAGAUGAGGAUGUCAUUGAAGUGUAUCAGGAACAGACCGGUGGACUUUGGAAUGAUUAGACUUGCUGUAUUUUUUUUCCUCAUUUAGAAUUUUGUAUGUAUUUUGCUUUUGAGCUUUGCACCAUCUGGAUCACACACUCUAUUGGGGCUUCCAUGUGCGAGGGCACAAAGAACGACUGUGUUAGAAUGGAUAGACGAUCUGUUCUUUCUCCUUUUAAACACCUCGCACAGUCAUUUCUUCUCCCUUCCUUUACAAUGCAGGUAACAUUGUAGUGCAGACAGCGUCAUAGCUGAAUGUCCCCCUAUUGAGAUAGAGAACACGCAUACAAUGACUGGUUUUCUCUAGACUCUGCUACACACGCCUCUUUCGCACCUAAAGUUUGAAUAUACCACCUCUGAAUGCUAAAGCAUUGUUUUGAAUCUUUAACUAUCCCACAUUUCCUACCAAUGAUGGAUAUGGUCUAAUGAUAUUUAAAAUAUGAAAUGUUUUUAUGAUCAGGAUGUAUAUUUUUGCAUCCAGUAUUUGUGUGUAAUAAUUAGUCUGUCCGUGGUCAGGGUUCCCCAACUGGCAGGCUGAAUUUGGCCCGCAUGUGAUUAUUUGCCCACGGGCCAAAAACAAUAUUUUUAAUUGUUGGACAUAAGACUGUAAAAACACCAGCGAACCUGCUACAAGUGAUUUUAAUUUUGGAUAUUUGUUUCAAAAAGAGAGCUGUGAUCAUAUACACAUGUAAGCAAGGCUUGAAAUUAUGUUUCAGUCAAAUAUAUAUCUGUUUGGGCUUCUUGGGGUCAAUUUGCAGUCUACAAAUUAUUUGUAAUUAUGUUCUGGCCCCCUGACCACCCGUUCAAGAAAAAAAUCAGCCCAUGGCUGAAUCUAGUUGAUUCCUUUCCUAGGUGUUCUUUUUUAUUUCUAUUUGAAUUAUGUUUAAGUUCAGAUAAUUUCAAGGGGUUAAAGUUUCUGUUUAAUCUCUGGCUUCUUCUUGGAUUUAAAUGUUUGUUUCCUUUUUUUAUCAAGAUAAUCUUGCUGUAUUGAACCACAACAGUAGCCACACAGAAAUGUCAAUGCAACAAAUGACUCCUUUAUGGAGGCUUUGAUCCGGAUGGUUUGAAGCAGAUCAUUUUUCUUUUUUUGAAUAAAAUGUUUAACAAAAA